UGAUAUUGAACGCAGCAAAUAAUGAUGUUCACAAGUUUCCUGGUUCCCUGUGGAAUACAAGCUUGUGGUUUUGUGGCUUCAAAAUAGCUAAACGACCUUUCUGUAAUGAAUUGAGAGUGUUUGUGCUAGGAGAAAACUAUGAGAACUAUUUAAACAUUAUCAAAUCAUCAAGAGAGUUGGCAUGGCUUAGCUGCACCAUAAUUGCUCAUAGAAAUCUUCCAUCAUGGAUGCCAUUGAAAAAUUUAAGAGUUUUAGAACUUUACGACUGCUACAAGAUUGUAGGCCUGUGGAAGGAUGGAGUGGAAGUUCAAGUAAGUAUCUUUCCUUUACGGUUCUCUCCAAUCUCUAUAAUAAGAGUAAAAAUAUUCUUUACAAUCUUUAUCUUUCCCUUAAUUAAAUUCAAAAUUGGCUGUAGGCUCCAGUGCAGUUAAGAGUGUUGAUUAUUUCUUCCUGCAAUAAAUUAGAAAGAAUUCCAAAGUCCAUAGGAUAUCUCAAGAAUUUGAAAAGGAUAUCGUUGUCUAGCUGCAAUGUGAAAAGACUGCCAGAGGAAUUUUGUCGUCUUCAAUCACUGGAGCACCUGCAGUUGCGAGAAUGUGAAUGGCUCACAGUACUGCCCACGUCUUUUGGCCAUUUGACAGGUCUGCGGCAUCUAGAUUUAGGGGGUUGCUCUCAGUUGAGGGUGUUGCCAGAUUCUUGUAAGCAUCUCACUUUCUUGCAACAUCUUCAUUUACAGGAUUGUGAGGACCUAACCUUACAGUCAGACAUCCUCGAAAACAUGUCAAAGCUACAGUAUUUGAAUCUUAAUGGGUGCACUCAACUGGAGGAGUUGCCGCGUCACAUCACAAAUCAAGUUUCCUUGAGUGAGCUCUAUUUAAAAUAUACCAGGUUAAGGGAGCUCCCAAUUAACAUCGGUCAACUCAGCAAGUCGAGAGUGAUGGAGAUAGGUCCAAAUCAAGGGUGUUUCCAGAUGCAAUCUUUACCGGACUCUAUGGGAAGGCUCACUCUUUUAGAGCGAUUGGUAUUAAGAAAUUUAAAAGUGGAAUCAUUACCAAAAUCAUUGACGCAACUGAUUAAUCUUCAGACUCUAGAAAUAAUGAAUUGCCCAAUCAGUGAAUUUACUUUCUGGAGCAAUCUCAAGGACUUACAACUGAGGAGAACAAGAGUGUCAAAGAUUUCAAUGUCUGACGACUGCUGUCCCGGCCUUAAAAUUCUCAAGCUUUGGGAAAAUUACCAUUUAACGGAGGUCGACAAUCUACCAACAGCAGUGGAGGAUAUCCAUGUGAUGCACUCUGAAUUGCUAAGGAACAUAAGUUGUAUUGGUGGCGUAGUAAACCUUCAAUACCUGAGGCUAAUCUACUGUCCAAAGUUGGGCACGCUUCCACGUUUAGAUAAAUUAGCUUCGUUGAAAGUAUUUAGACUCUCAGGGGUCAACAAAGUUGAGACAAUACAAGGUUUACAAUACUGCACAUCAUUGGAGUCGCUUAAGAUAGAAGGUAAAUGUUGGGAGGUGUCAGGCAUUGAAAGUUGGGAGCACGUGGAAAGAUUGAGAUGGCUAUGUCUCCAAGCAAAGAAGAGAUCAGCUGUAGAGCGUUGCAUUAAAACGAUUCAGAAAUGGCCGGAUGAUGUAGUAAUAUGUACAAAGGCAGUGGCUGGUGCUGGAUCCCUUUUGAACUCUUCAGCAUUUCCCGAUCUCUCUGUCAUCCACUCCAUUGCUAACAAGGAAUUUAGCUCUGACAAGAAUAUCAUCUUUGACCUGUUUAACCGUUCCUCCGAUGGCAAUGCGAUGAUGCUGUGUUUGGUUCUGAAUUGUUCUUUCUCUCAAAGUAUGCGAUUCUAUAUUGACAAUGAGGCUUAUUCAACAAUAUUUGCGGGGAAGGUGGACGAGGGUAAAUGGGCAUUGAUAGUUGUCUUCACCCAAUAUUCUGAACGGUUCACUGCACAGAGGUUCCGCCUAUAUGGUGAAGUAUGGAGUGGUGAAGUGGAGAGAGGAAUGGUUGUGAGGGGCGAGGAAAACAGCGUGGUGGAGGGUUGCCGCCGCUUAUUGGCACUCCUACCAAGUUGAUAGUGCAGUUA